UAUGCUUUUGACAUUAUAACUUGUAGGUGAAUCUCGUGGUGCCCAUUCUUUGCCUCCUCUGAAGUAUGAUUAUGAUGCACUGGAGCCUCAUAUCUCAGCUAUGAUAAUGAAGAUUCAUCACACUAAGCACCACCAGGGCUACAUCAACAACCUCAAGGCUUGUACCGAGAAACUUAUAGAGGCAGAGGAAGCCACUGAUGUGGCGGCUAUGAAUGCACUACUUCCAGCUAUCAAAUUCAAUGGUGGCGGGCAUCUCAAUCACACCAUCUUUUGGACUAACAUGGCCCCAAAUGCUGGUGGUGAUCCUUCUGGUGCGAUCGCUGAUGCCAUCAAUGAGGAGUUCGGCUCAUUUCAGGCAUUUAAGGACAAGUUUUCAGCAGCCAGUGUGGGAGUGAAAGGCUCUGGUUGGGGUUGGCUUGGCUAUUGCCCCAAGAAUAACAAGCUGGCUGUAGCUACCUGCCAAAACCAAGACCCUCUUCAGGUUACUCAUGGUAUGAUUCCCUUGCUUGGUCUUGACGUUUGGGAGCAUGCUUAUUAUCUCCAGUACAAGAAUCUUCGUGCUGAUUAUGUAAAGGCGUUCUUUAAUGUCAUUAAUUGGUCUAAUGUCAAUGAACGCUUGGAGACUGCCCGCAAGUCUGCUGGACACUGACUUUUCUACACCACAUCAGCAAAGCCUUCAUGUACUACAGUAGCUUCCCAUUUGUAAUGUUGCAGGGUCCAACCAAUUAUCAGUUUGCAAGCAAGCAAUCCUUGAUGUGGUUUAGAUAAUAAGCCAGAUAAACAUAGUUUGUAUACAGGAAUACUGGUCAAACUACAGUGAAAGGAAACAUUUAUUUUCCAAUAUCUAUACCUUAAGAUUCACCAACAGUGAUGAAACUUGCAUGUUUUGGUGAUAUAAGAAAUUUAUUUUCCAAUGUUAGGGGCAUAACUACAUUAAAAUGAUGUCCAAGAUGGUCUUUAUAAUUGUCACUUUUGAUAUAGGGAAUCCAUGCUAUUCAAAAUUUAACCUUUGACUUACAGUAUGUGUUAAGUCUUGUGCCCAAAGUAGUGUAAAAUAUGUACAGUAGUUAUAACCACAAACCAAAAUCCUUGGAAGCAAAGGGUUUUUGGCAUUCAGGAUGAAGAAUGUACUGCACAGGCUUAUCUCCAAGAAAGAAACUCCUGUAAUAGAUCUUAUUGUAGGUCUGCCCCUACAGUUUUACUUUAAAGCACUCAAACAUAUUGGGACAAUAUAUUGUACUGUACUGACAUGCUUAAUAAAACUAUAUAUAAC